AUGCCGACUCGUUAUCGUACCGUAUCCAGAUCCAGAUCCAGGAGACGGAGUAGGAGUAGGCAGCAUGUUUCGAGAAGGUACGUCGUCCUCGUGUUAUGCUAAUCCACCUCAUUUUUUUCGUGCCCCUUAUUCUCUAGUCGCUGCCCCCUCACGCACCUAAUUGCUUGUGUGUAAUUCCUUCCGUCCCCCCAUUCUCAAUUGAUUCCAUAUGGCUCCCGGAAUAUGCAAGAGGGGGUUUUUCAAAACUCAUUAGCUACAGCGUUUUAGUUCUUAGUUCCGCCGUUCGCUCCAAUUAUGUGUUUUUCUGAGUUUUUUCUGCCCACUUUUUUGUUCUAUUCUCACUCUCACUCACUCAAAAACCGUCCGACGCUGAUCCGUCUUACCGGGUGAUUCAGUUCGGCAACCGCAUUUCCUUCUUUCUCCUCCUCGCCCGCCGCCGGCUUCUAUCAUCUGAUUCGACACAUUCAUAUCCCCUCUCUGCCGUAUUUGCAUUUUUGUAUUAUUGGCCGCCAGAACCUCCCCCACCCACCACUUCCAUAGCACCAUGUAUACCAUGCGACACGCACCACGGCACCCUUUCCAUCACUCUCACUCUUUCACUUCCGAUUCCCGUCCACGGAUUAGAUUAGCCAACUGUGUUCUGUCUGUUCCUGCUGUUUUCGGACGGUCGCUGGAGCUUUCAUUGAUUGAUUGCGAGCGGCAGGCACAGGAGCACUUUUGCUCGCUCGAAAAGUGAAAAUGUUUUCAGUUGUACAAUUGUGAAAGUCUUGUUUACACUUACUUUCCGCUCACAGUCACUUUCCUUCCGAUCUUUCCAACCCUUUCACCCGCUCAAAUUUGGUCACAAUUUUGCCGGCAGACUCUUCUCCAAAACUUUUCUUUCUCUUGGAAUGGGCAGGCGGAACCGUAUGAUUGUCUGUCGCCUCGAUGUGUCAGUGCUCUGUCAUUUUGAUGUAUUGACAAACUGUCCACAAUAUUGCCUUAUCAAACUUUUCUUACUUUUUUGCGCAACGAAGCAUACACAGUUUUUCCGUUACGUUUCGUUUUAAUUCAGCUUCACCAAAUCAAAAAGUUCAAGUUUCAAUACAGGCAAAAGUGUGGGGUGGGAUGGUAUAUCGGAUUUCGUUUAUUUGCUCGUGUUUGCGGUCACAUUUGUCGCUGUCGGGACAAUUAUAGGAGCGGAGUCUACGAGCAGCAAGUUCUUGAGAAAUGCGCCAAGUGCUCAUCGACAUAUGAGACUGUUUGUGUGAACUGUGAGCACUCGAUUUCACACCUUUUCCCUUAUGUUCUUUUCUUUUCUCCGCCGCCCGCCCGCUCGCCGACUCUGAGCUCGCCUUUCAUGCAUUCCGAAUUUCAAUCGUCCACAAUAACACCGCCACCGCCACUUCCCUUUUUGCCAACGACGCCGAGAAAAUCGAAAAUGCAUAGCAUCUGGUUCUCAAACAAAGUGCAAGUCGGUGGCUUUUGCUCAAGACAGGCAGGCUCUGGGAGCCGAACCACCAAGGUCUGGGUGACAAAUUGACAUGCAUUGGAUCAUCACUCACUUCUGCUCCCCAUUGGUUUCCCUUCCACCCCCCACCCACACACGCGCCCAUUUUUCGCCUCGUUUUUCUCGGCUCUCAAUCUUGCAAUGAAUCACUUCUGCUUCUUUUUCUUCUUCGUCUCCCUUCUGUAUGGCUAAAAAUGAAAGACAGCUUCGGUUUCGAUGAACAUUUCGUUAUUUCGAUUGCUGAUCAAUAAGAUUUGUUCGGUUUCCUCUCUUGUCCCUGCUAUCAAUGGUAAAAGAACAGAAAAGAACUAUCAACCGUCGCUAAUCAAAUCGUUAUCACGUACUGUAUGUAGCCUUGGUUCGGUCACACACACACACACACUUUUCUGGAAAGUCACGGACAUCACCAUCUAUCAUCAAAUUCGACGAUCUCCCCGCCUUAUCAAAUGGAUUCAAAGAUUCGAAUGCAAGAAAGAGAGAAAGCAAUUUUCGGGUAGUAGUCAAGAGUAAUAAUCAUAAAACAGAAGGCGCGGUAGUAAAUCAUCCAUGCUUACUGAGAAUUCGGAAGAAUUUGAAACCGAAACAAUUUGGCGUUUUUGUUCAGAUCAAACUAUUUCUCUUUCGCGCCAAAAGUGGCAGUUACCUCGAUCUCGAUCUGACAUUGAUGCAUCGGCGGCUGUCCGCCUGCAAACGUGUCAUUCAUCAUGGAAUUUUGAAUAAUGGCGGUCAAAACAAGAUAUGGGUGCGUAGAAGGCGAGAGAUGUAAAGGUUGACGUCGUUUCUGAAAAUAUUGGUCUAAAUUUGAAAAAAAAAUGUAGUGAAAACCCCCACAAAAUCGUAAAUUUCAUCCACGUCAAGCACGGCGCAUCUUAUCAUUUUUUAUGGAGGCUUGUGAAAAACUGUCAACAUGCGUCUUUGCUGAUAGCGGAUGACCCCCUCGUUUAAUUUUCCGUGACUGGUGUAAUGAGGUACAAACUUCUGCUUUUCAAGGUGCGUUCCAACUCCUCCCAGUCAUCAUCUGUCUGUUUUGAGCUUAGAAAAGAAAAGCAAGCGAAACCCAUUUCCGUUUUUGCGCUUCCUUGCUCCGUUUCGGGAAGAGGACCAAGCCGCUGAUGGCGCCCCCGUCCUCCAUGAUGGCCUUCGUGUUGUUGCCGGAGCCCCCCAUGGGUUCUUGGGUGCUAGCCACUGCUCAUCUCUGUUGGCGGCUACUCUCGUCCCGCCUCCGCCUCUCCCUCCGCUUCCAUAGUUGUCUCUUCAACCCUUUUCCGCUCUCUGUCCUCCCGCCGGCUACUGUAACAUUCAAGAAAACGAAGGGCGGAGCUUUGGUUUAGAGCUGUGUCCAUUUGGUGUCGGAUGAGCCCAUCUGGGUCGGUCCGGACGGCCGACCAGACAAUUCCGCGACGUAUUAUGAUAGAUGGAAGUGCAUCCUACUCGAAUUGCCCUCAAUCUACUGACUUUUUUUUGGUGUAAUAGUCCAAUCGAACUGUGUACAAUCAUAAUUUGAACAUAAACUCAACCAAUUGUUCGAUUUUGGUCUUGCGCUCGCUCAUGCUACAAAGAAAAAACCGCCCCUCGAAUGUCCUAACAACUGCAUAAAUAUUUGAGAGUGAGAGCAUUUCAACGUACACUAUAUGCUAUGUGCUAUUUGUAUUUUUUCUCCUUGUCCCAUAGAUAUUCCUUCUCAAUUUCUCUCCACCGCUCUUCCUUGCCUUUUUUGGAGCACAUGUAUAUGUUUGUGUGCUCCGUGGCGUCGGCACUAACGCACAUGAAAUGAUGAAUUGCGCGGUUCCCUUCCCGUCACUUUUUCGCAAAAGCUUCCUUCCCAAAAACUUUUUUCCCGUUGAUGAUUAGUGUCUCAGAAAAAAGUUCAUCCGUAUUUUAUCUUCUUCAAAUCCUCUUGAAAAUGUUCAAGUUCGGUGUUCAAAGUAUUCGGCGGGUGGGGGGUCUUCACUGGAAUAACUAGUUUUUUGGCAACAUGAUGCGAAGACGAGGAGAAAAAUAGUAGUGAUGCACGGUAAUUCAUGUACAACUGGACGAACUGUCAUUGGCAUCGGUGGUGAACGUCGAAAAAUUGAUGGCAUUUUUUCUUCAACGUCGUCUUGUUUCUUGUUUUUCCGCAUUCUGUUUUCAGUUUUCUGUUUUUGUCGUGAGACCCAUCGAUUACCUCUGAAUUCGAGUUCAAACAUUCCUGUGAUUCACUUGAAUCAAUAAGGAAUUUCAGUCAGUCAAGCACAUCGGCUACAAUAUUUAUCCGGUUCUCCAGGUACGGUUGGUUUGUCAAGGCAACUUUUGCCUCCAUUUGGACAGGCAUUUAGACAGACAGACACCCAACUCCGGCCUCUCCCGAGACGCUUCUUGUCCCGUCGCGCUAAAGCCUUUUCUUUAGGCUUUGCUUUCAUUUGCCCUCCCCCCCCCACCCAUCUCUUCUUUCCCUCAUUCUUUUGCUUCCAAUGUCUUCCUCUUUGUGAAAACAUUGACUUUCCAAAAACUGAACUGAGGAAUGUGUAUUCGUGUUUGUGUGUGCGUGUGUUUUCUUCUAGAGAAACAAGGAACAGAACCGUCGUCACAUGACCUGACUUUAACACAAACCUUCCCUCUCUUUCGGUUUUUUUGUCUCGGAUACGAACAAUGGCCCUUGUUGGACAUUACAGUGUGUUCAGUUCCCCCCGCAGAAAGAAGAGGAAAACAGAAAAAGCCGAACCGUAACCAAUCAACUACUGGAGAGACGCUUCUUCCCUCCAAAACCUUCACUAUAUCAGUCGGUCUUCUUGAAAAGACCGAAACGGCGAAAUUUUAUGGGCACGUCGUUAAGAUUUUGCUCCAAACUUUCGCGCCCUCCGUCUUUUCCGGACACUCUGCUUGAGUUGACUCGUCAAAAGAUUCUCAGCAAUCAUCCGACGCCUUUCUCUAGCAAACAAGGCAUUUUUGACUUUUCAUUCUCUCUUUCUUACUUUUCACAAUUAAAAUUUAUGAACCAAGUCUAACACCCACCUAUUCUUUACCCGUUCAUUCGUUUGUCGGAUAGAAAAUGACAGAAACAGACAAGGAAAAAAAGAGAACUGGUUUUCGACAUUUAGUCCUCAGGCCGACAACCAUUUUUUUCUCGUAAACCAAUUUUGAGUUCAUAUAUAUGUAUCAUGUACAAAUAUGUUCGCAUUCCAUUGCUUCCCUCCACUCAAUCAGCACCACUAAAUGCACAGAGAAAAUCGAAUCGAUUUCUGUACUGGUGUGGCUUAUCUGCUUAUUGUCCGUUCCAUAACUUCCACUUUUUUUUCCUAUAAACCGUGCCAAAUGAUCGAUUUUUUCAGGAUGUUCGACGAGAACAGCAAUGCCGCCGGAACGACGCCAGUUUCUUCUUCGCUUACAGCCACACCUAACGCCAAUCUUGUGUCACAAGUGUUCAACGUAAAAGACAGCCGAUGGUUACAGGUGAGAGCAUCGCCGAGUGUUAUCUAAAAUUCAAUUUGAAAUGAAUAGUCGCUGCUUCAAUGAGAAACGCGUUUCGCGCAGAACGUAAUAGGAGACGUUUAUUAAGAUGCGCUCAUAGAGCAUUGGGGUGAAAAAGGAAACGAAAACGACAAAGAGUCCGAAGAAAUUGAAUGACUCUCGCUGACUCCGGGGGGCGCUUCUCCCCCGGAUUGGUUGGCGUGUGCCGUCUCAGAGCCCCUUCCGUUAUAUUUGUGUGUGGAAGCGAUUGUUCCCACAAUUGUUUGAUUAACAACACUUUUGGAAGACCCCCGGACAACUAAGGGGGACCGGAUUGCGAAAUCAGUCAUUGUGCUGUUGUGCUCGCUUCAACUUUAAUGGAAUGGCAGCAAUUUCCUACAGUAGGCAAGCUUUGAAAUGCUCAUUUCCUAGGGUGAAAAACUGACGAAAAUGAGUUAAUUAAGUUGUGAGGUCAUUGGAAUUGCGAAAUGCGGCAGCGUUCAACGCGAGGGGCAGAAAAUUUCCCAUUUCCUUCUGCUCUCAUUCCGUCAGGCUUAAAGGAUUAUUUUGAGAUUGAAAAACGAGGAGAAAAAGUGAAACGAUCACACCGUAAUAGGAUUAUACGUUACAAAGAACUCCUGUCCUCCUGUCGGACAAUUAUUGGCGCUCCCCGACCCCGACAAUUUUUUCAAACUUUUUUUACAGGUGGAAGUUUGUCGCGAAUUUUUGCGAGGACAAUGCGCACGAUCGGAUCAAGAAUGCAAAUUUGCUCAUCCGCCGCCUAAUGUCGACGUUCAACAAGGACGGGUCACUGCUUGCUAUGACAGUAUAAAGGUCAGUGACAUUUUCAUCUUUUGGUACUUCUUGCUGGCAUCGGGGCUCACACCAUAUGACGUCGGUUUCCCCUUUCUUCCAAUGAUUUGGUUAUGUCAGCGUAUUGUUUAUAAACACACACAGACACAUGGCACCACGAUGAUGCGGUUAUGUUCAUCCUGUCGGAAAAGCAGAGCAGCCAUAGCUCACCACGAAAAAGUUGGGGACCUUUGGACGAAGCCUCAUGUUUUCCCGCUUCUUUUUCUAGCUUUCUGUCUCCUGCCUUCCGAGUAAUGCGAGUUUUUAUUGCGCUGUGAACCCCGGAACGGACGGCUCCCCAGAGACUCGUUUGGUGCGAAACGAAAUGCUGAAACGAAACGUUUUAGAAACGAAUGACAGAUCCAAUCCGGUUGGUGUCGCUCUGAGAUUUGAAGGGGUCAGAAGGCGACACUCAUCGUUGACUUGACUUCCCGAAACUUGCCCCCAUCGUCGUCUGAAUUUUGAGUGGUAUACCCUAGGGGUCGCGUUUCUUAUGGCUCAUUGUCUUGCGUGCAUGUACAUCCAACUCGUCUGACGACGUCGUGUGUUUCGACAUAGAAACCCAUGGGAAUUAAGGGAAGGCAGCGGUCUCGUCGUCGAAUGAGGAUAACACAAUUAACUGUUAGGAGGGCUCGAAUGGAAGGAAGGAGACAAGCCGGAAUGGGGUGGAUUGCGAGCGGGAAAUGGGGCUGCUCCGUCCGUCGCGCACAGCCAUCAAUGGCUCAUCGUUUCUCAAUUGGCUGGCUUGUUGGCUACGCUGUGCUCGCUUUGCGCGCAGCCUCAACACCACCGGAAAACAUAGAUAUCAAUUGAAUUGUUUAUGGAAACGAGCCGAGGGACACUCCGCACGUCUUCUUCCAACUCCUUGGGACCUUUCGGAUUUGUCAUAUCUAGUCUACGAAUCUUUUGGAAAUCCACAAUCUUCAACCCUCAACCCUCAUAUUUCUGACAACAAUCCAAAAGAGAUUUUGAUAUGUGAUAUGGAUGAAGCUGUCAAGUAACGAUGACUAAGCAAAACUAAAGAACAAUACUUAAUUGGGGAAAUUGAAGGGGAAAUUGAAACAAAAGCCAUAUUCUAAUUUUGUAAGCCCCCAGAGACACUCAGAUACCACUCAAUUUCCUUUCUUUUUUGGGAAACGCACCGACGCCAAAAACAAAAAGGACGACUAUGACUAAUCGGGGCCACCAAUUUCCAGGGACGAUGCACAAGAGAGAAUCCGAAAUGCAAGUACCUUCAUCCACCACAACACAUCAAAGACCAACUUCUGAUAAACGGUCGGAAUCAUCUGGCACUCAAAAAUCUGCUCUCCGCUCAACUCAACCAGACCGGUAACCAAAUGGUCAACCCGAUGAUUGCACUAGUAGGAUUUUUCAUUCAUUGUCUUUUCUUUGCCGCCUGACUUACAGUAACCCUUGCAUUUUAUAGCAACAACAACCGGCAGCUGUGAACCUGAUGCCUAACACUCCGAUCUUUCCACAAUACUACAACGGAAUGAUGUACCCGCAAGUGCUGCAGGAUCCGUACGUUACCCACAUGAAUCAGGUAUGACCCCGGCGGCUUUGAAACCUUCCUGCACUUGCAUCAUGUAUUGCCUAUACGCACCAAAACUCUCUGAAAUUGUGCCUGGAAAAGAAGGAAGGGAAUUCCGGAUUGCGGCGACUCGUGUGGAAUUGAAUUGAAAUUGCAUGACUUUUGUUAUUUUGUGCUCUAGAUACAUGUACAUUUCACUAGGAGGAUAAAUUUGAAGAUCUGCAAAAGACCGUAAUCCUCUCGCAUCCCCUUCCCUGCCUUCUUCUCCUAUAUUUUCGGUUGCGAACGCUCGUGCUCCUCUCACCACGCACAAUCACACUCUCUCUCUCUUUCUCUCUCUCUUUCUUAUUUCUAAAGCACGUCUCAUGAUAUUCCAAAGGCGACGCACACUAAAAUUGUUGCAAAACCCGAAAUAAAGAAAGCGAUGAAUGUUGCACAAAGGUGUCUUUGGAAUGGAUGAUAUUCAUUUGAUUUGAAUCUCACACUUGCCCGGCUUUUGUGUCAUUAUCAGAAAGUUUUUACCUUCACCCAGCUAUUAAGAAAGAUAAGUGAAUUAUCGAUUAUUUUUGCUUUUUGUGAACUCUCUACUUCUAAAGUUUGACACCCUCUCCCCCUUCCCCUUAACGAGUGAUAGUCAACUGUUUUUAGUUAUUAGGGUUGGGCUAGCUUUAAAAUUGUUUGUAAGGUAAGUGUAAGCAAUCAGCAGCUUUCUUGUUGUGAUUUUCAAAGACUAAGAAUCUCAGACCUAGUUCCGAAUAAUUUUGAAACCGUUUUGUUGGAUUUUAACCAUGUUUUGUUGUGUUUCUUCCCAUUAGAACUUCUUCUUCUUUCACUUUCCCUUAUUUCUGAUUGGGUGUUGCUUUAGGCCCUAGUUUUUUCUCUUAAUGGGUUUUUGAUAUUGACACGAAGGAAGCAAAAGUGAGAGGCGCAAAUCAAAUCAAUGAGAGAAUAGCAUUCAACUCCGUCGGAAGCCUUGGUGUGACAUCGCAUGAGACUCGCUUUGGCUGACAUGCGCUAUGUUUUAGCAGCUGCAACAACAUGCCAACUUGAUACGCAACUAUCAAGAAAUGGUUUCGGCACAAGCGGCCCUCGCCUCCAACUCGUCUGUUGCUGCUGCUGCUGUCGCCGCCGCCGCCGCCGCCGGCCCACAACGACCUGUGACGCAUUCACCUCUGCUUCGUCUGCAACGAAAACGAGCUCUCGAGGAAGAGAACUCGAACGGAACCAAUGAAAUGAUGGCCCACUCCCAACUGCUGUCAUUGGCCGCGGUAUCCCUAUAUCUUUUUAUUUUUCAUUUCUCCUCUUCAUCCUGUUUUCGAAAUGAUGACUCUCCUAAAAUUCUCGGUUUCCCCAUUUUCCCUUGACAAGUAUCUGGUGCUCGUCUGCGGAGCGGAAGUGGACGGAAAAGGCAAAACCACAUGUAAACCGCUUGCUUUCAUUAUCAAGACAUCACCUUUUAACGCGUGGCUACUUCGAGCUCCUUUUCUGUUCAUCACACCAUCCCGUAUGACGCCAGUACCGAAAUCUGACAUAUAUAUAUAGUAAAUUUCUAAAACAAUUUUCGCAAAAACAAGAAUAGCUCGCGUAUGCUUAAUGUGAAUCAAUGGAGUGUUUGUAAGCAUGAACCUUAAUUGUUUUUUUCGGGAUGAGGUCUGAAUUCUGAAAAGUCCAUUUCUGGAAUGAUGAUAAUCUAUGUUCAUGCGGUUAGCCUAUCUCUUGGUUUACCUAAAAGCAACGUGAAUUGAAUCGAACAGGAAUGUCUUUUGUUAGUAUACCCCCAAAAACAUUUACUGUUAAUCCCGUUUACUAAUCUACGUAUGAACAUUAAAAACGUUUUUCAGAGGUUUUUUCAGAAACGUGAAAAUUUUCAGGGUGCUGUCCCGGUGAAGCGGCCAGCUCUGGAUAAGAACGGAGCGAUGCUGUAUUCGCCAGCCGCUCAGCAGGCUCAACAGUUCAAUCCGUACCUGCUGCAGACACUCGGAGGAUACGUGCCGGCUGUCUCUUGUGAGUACAUGCAGCCCCCACCGUUCUAGAACAUUUCCUCCACAUUUUCUAUACUCUCUUUUUUACGUUCAUAAUGUUUUGUAGCUUUAAUGACUGUCCCCCUCGAACUUUUCAUCUUGUUUCUAGAUCUCAAUGCCAAUGCCGUUGACUAACAAUCAUAAUAAGCGCACAAUUUCAAAUCGAUCUGAUUUUUAUUUUUUCUGAAGCUUCUGGGUGGCUUGCGUUUUCUCGUCUCCUCUAUCCUAUCCUAACUGUCGUCUCGAGAUGAUUGAUUGACCGUGUAUUGUUUUCAGUCAGUGGUCAGCUACCGCCUCGCUACUAG